CGGCGGGGAUACUCCCACCGAAGGGAGGUGACAACCCCCGUAAGGUGGAGGUAAGUCGUGCCUCGCGUAGGCCCUAUCCGGUCGUCGGGGCUUGCGAGAGGUAUGGCUGGCGCACUCGACCGGAGCACCUUGCGGAAACUCCAUAUGUAUUCUCGACGAGGAAUAGACCAACUCCUGCGUGACGCGGCCGAGAGGGUCCCGCCCCAUUUUGUGCGGUGUCAGACCGAUGCGCUGGACAGCGGAGCAGGGCGCUUAGCGAGGACGAGCUGUAGAGGAGGUGAUAUGGUUGAAGAGGAUACUCCGCCUCGGACACCGGUGCCAGAGUCCCGGCCGGAGAUAGUGCCGGAGGUUGCUCGAGAGGCAUGGGAGGAGCUCCAACAGGGAGAGGUUCCACUACCUCCCCAAGAUACAACUCUUUCGCCAGGAGUGAGGGUAGAGAUGGAGCGAGAGGGGAUAAGCUGGAGGAGAGAGGCCCUUUCUACGAUCAAUAGAUAUCUGGCGGCACAUGCCCAGGAGCACCCUGAUAUCGAAGAGCCUGUGCCUAUGGAGCCACCACGGGAGCCACGCCAGGCGAAGAGAGAGGCGAGAGCUGAGAUUCCGGAAAGAGGGGUCCAUCGCACAAGAGGGAGAGCGCCAGCAGGAGAGACAGGAGAGGAGAGACGGGCCAGGGUUGGGAAGUGCGUGGAGGAGAUUUGGGAGGAGAGGCAGAGAUUAGAGGCGGCAGGAGCGCUUCCAGAUCAGCCACCUGACGUGCCACCUAAGCCCUGUGGGGUCACGGAGAUGUGGGAUAAGUUUUGGGCCCAGUAUGGCGAGGAGUUGGCGGUUCCAGAGAGAGCAGGACUCGAAACGGCGAGGUCAGCGGACGGGUACCUGGACCGCAAGUUCCGCUUCCCGGCCAAGACAUCUUUCCAGAGGUACUUAAUGUUGGGAGAUGAGCUGGCUGGAAGGAAGGUGAAGUUUGGGAAUCUGGGGGUGUGUUUGGAGGCAGUAGAGGCAGAGAUCCGCGAGCUCAGGACGCAGACAGCCAGCCAGGCCGCUACCAUCCAGGAGAUGAGACAACAACUUCAGGAUAUGGCAGCAAGGAUUGAGAGAAAAGCGCCUACCAGAGUGGUGGAUUGGACUGAGAGUAAACGCUAUGGCAUCCAGGGAGAGGCAGUGCAGGGUUUAUUUGGGCAGCCAUCUACGGCGGACCCAUCUCAUGAGUUAUCCAUUGGAAAGGUUAUCCUGGAGUUAGAGGAGGCAAAAGCGAAGAGGGAAGCAGAAAGGGAGGCCUUUGGGUUUCAGGCACCUACAGAGCUUGCCACCCAGGCUGUAACUUCUUCUGGGCCAGCGGCAGAGUCUGUGCUAGUACAGGCAAGAGAUGGGCCACGGACAACUGCCAGUGAGCCUGCACCUGGAUCUAAUGAGGGGUCGAUGGACGUGCUCCUCGAGGCAAUCAACACUAUGCAGGAAGGGGCUAGUAUGUUUAUGUCUGAGCAGAGAGUGGAGGAGCCUCGUGAGGGAGAGAUGAUGGUUACGAUGGAGGGUGUCUUCAGGGGUAGACCACAGAGGUUAUAUACUCCUGAGUACAGGCCUGAGGGAGUUCGGAUGAAGAUAGAGCCGAGUACCUAGGGGUUGGAGGUGAGACCUGAGAAGCCUAUGGACAUAUCCCAGAGCCAUGAGAUG